AUGCUCCCUAUAGCUCGCGUCGCGCAGGCCGCGGACCCGUUCGCCUGGACGGGCUCCGAUGCCUUCACGCCGCUCGGCGACAGAGUCGACGCGCCGCCGCUGCCGCUGCCCCGGAUCACGCGCCGCCGCCGCGUGGUGCUGGUGCGGCACGGGCAGAGCACGUGGAAUGCGGAGGGGCGGAUACAGGGCAGCAGCGACUUCUCAGAGCUGACGCCCAAGGGCGUGAAGCAGGCGGAGACGACGCGCGACAUGCUGGAGGGGGAGUCCUUCGACUGCCUGUUCGUCUCCCCCCUGAAGCGCGCCCGCCAGACAGCCGACAUUGUGGCGGGCAGCAGGGGCCUGAGGACGCGCGGCUUGGUCAAGACCGAGGGCAAGGCCCAGUUCGGGGAGGCCUACAAGAUGUGGCAGCAGGGGCCGGCCGAAUUCGAGAUCGACGGACACCCGCCAGUCAGGGAGCUGUGGCACCGUGGCAGCGCGGCGUGGCAGCACAUUUUGACAGAGGGCGGCGCCGACCCCGAGGAUGGCGGCGACGCCGGCCCCGCCAAGCCGUCGUGCGCCCUGGUGGUCGCCCACAACGCAGUCAACCAGUCCAACGGCGCGACCAGCGUCCUGGACUUUGAGCCGCCCCAGAGCCAGGGGGCGCCGGUCAGGGUGACGGUGGACCGGCUGAACCAGAGCCCCGGCCCGCCGUUCAAGGCGGACGGCGCCGGGCGGAUCGCCACGUCGCGCGUCGUGAUCGUGCGGCACGCGGCGACCGAGGGGUCCGCGGACGGCGUCCUGUUGGGCAGCAGCGACGAGGCGCUGUCGCCGCUGGGGGUGGUGCAGGCGGGCAAGGUCGCGGAGUUCAUGAUGGACCUGCAGGAUUUCAUUGAUAUUCCACCCGCGGCGUCGUGUCUGGGGGUCUAG